AAAUGCAAGGAUUGGUAGAAUUUACCGUCAAUUCGGAAACAUCCUGAACCACCUUCCUAGCGUAUCUAGACUUAAUUGGGCUAAGGCAGCGGUAAAAAGCAACACCAAAUUGUGUAUCUUUAAAGGACUAAUUUGAUAUAUUUGGGGUAUAGGCUAUAUCUUGUAAGCAUGAGACUGAAGAUAGUAGCGUUUUGCACUAAGGUUGUGCUGCAACAUGUCAAAGGCAAAGCAAUGAUUUCGUGGCUAUUACUGGCUCUCCUUGGACUCUGUGUGGCUUUUGGGCCAAGUAAACAGGAUGAAGAGGACUAUGAAGAUGUUCCCAUAAAUAAGACUUGGGUUUUAUCCCCCAAGGUCUAUGAAAAUGAUGUCACCUUGAUCCUCAAUACAUUACUUCAAGGCUACGACAACAAACUCCGACCUGACAUUGGAGGCAAGCCAACAGUGAUUGAGACUGCGGUGUAUGUUAACAGCAUUGGACCAGUUGAUCCCAUUAAUAUGGAGUACACCAUAGACAUAUUUUUUGCCCAGACGUGGUACGACAGCCGUCUAAAGUUCAACAGCUCCAUGAAACUGUUGAUGCUUAACAGCAACAUGGUGGGAAAGAUUUGGAUUCCGGACACUUUCUUUCGUAACUCCAGAAAGUCAGACGCCCACUGGAUCACUACUCCAAACCGCCUGCUUCGACUGUGGAGUAACGGGAGAGUCAUGUAUACCCUGAGGUUGACUAUUAAUGCGGAGUGCUACCUUAAGCUGCAUAACUUUCCAAUGGAUGAGCACUCGUGUCCACUGGAGUUUUCAAGCUAUGGCUAUCCUAAGAAUGAAAUUCAGUAUCGUUGGCAACGACGCUCUGUGGAAGUGGCAGACCAAAGGUACUGGAGACUCUACCAGUUUGCCUUCGUCGGCCUGCGUAAUACUACUGAUGUGGCACACACCCAAUCAGGGGAAUACGUCAUCAUGACAAUCUUUUUUGAUUUGAGUCGGAGAAUGGGCUACUUUACUAUUCAGACGUACAUUCCUUGCAGCAUGAUUGUGGUGCUGUCCUGGGUUUCCUUUUGGAUCAACAAAGAUGCAGUCCCUGCACGGACUUCAUUGGGUAUAACCACGGUGCUCACUAUGACGACCCUCAGCACCAUUUCGAGGAAGUCCUUACCCAAGGUUUCCUACGUUACAGCCAUGGAUCUGUUUGUGUCUGUGUGCUUCAUUUUCACCUUUGCUGCUCUCAUGGAGUACGGAACUCUCCACUACUUCACAAGCAACCGUCAAACAAAGAAGACCAAAGCUAACAAUGCACAGAAGUCCACCGGAGUAAUCAUUCAGCCAGGGACUUCCCUUCUCCAGAUGAACAACAUUGCCCCCUAUCAUGAAGAUGAUGAUUAUGCAUACGAAUGUCUGGAUGGGAAAGACUGCACAAGUUUCUUUUGUUGUUUUGAUGACUGUCGCUCUGGUGCCUGGAGGGAAAACAGGAUGCAUGUUCGGGUAUCAAAGAUUGACUCUUAUUCGCGAAUAUUCUUCCCUACAGCCUUUGGCCUCUUUAAUCUUGUUUACUGGAUAGGUUAUCUGUACUUAUAAAAAUUUUUGCAAAGAGGAGCUUUUGCCGUUAAUGUGCUUCUUUAGGAGAAAACUUGUUUUUUCUUUCUACCGCCUUGCUAUUGUUGGUAAUGUUGAUAGAAACAAAAGAGUUUAUGGAGUUCAAUUUCAUCUCUUGUGUUUGAGCAGCUCUUAUAUUUGUAAGGGUUCUAUUUUUCUAGGCAGAGACAUGUUAGCUACAACAAACAGGGCUAGAAGUGGGGUUGUUGUUUGAAGAAUGAGAUGGUUUUCAUCAUCGGUGGAUUUGAGUAUUAUGAUGCCAAUGAAUUAUGAUUUUUUCAUGUUAGAUUGUUUUGGGAACUGAAAUUGUAGCAAUUUAUGAACAGAAUAUUAGAACAACAAAAAAAGAUUGUCACUAAUAUAAUUUAAUCAUAUGCUACUAACCCUUGCAGUAUUGUGAAUGUUGUAUAUUUCCAUAAUUCAUUUUAAUAGUUGACACUGUGAAUCCCUUUUUAAAACAGUACUUUCAGUACAGCACUUUCUUUUGCUAAGUUAUUUUACAAAACU